GCAGGUGAACGGAAGAGGAAGAGCGUGCAGCAGACACCCAGUCCUCAGCGUGCUGCUGCUGCCUAGUGCACUAGAUCCUGAAGAAGCUGCAAACUUUGGUCCCCGCAGCCGCGUCCCAGCGUAGGUGGGUGUAGCAGCGAGAUCUUGUGGAAGAUUUGGGGAAAUAUGGAGAACCCAGAGAAGACAAGACAUGAUGGACUGGCCAAGAGCUUGGAUGAAAGUGUGGUGGCCCAGGUGAAACCACCACAUGACAGCUCGACGGGACCCGUAGCCGCGUCAGGGAAACGAAGAAGAGGGAGACCACCGCUAAGCAGACAUGACAAAGUGGAUGUCCCCAUAUUGGAGAGACUCUACAAUAACGUGCAGCAAAGUGUGGAAGCGUCAGAGGAGGGGGAGCAAACAUGUCCUCCUAGAACCCCUCAAAGAUCCUCCAGAAAUGAGGAGAUGAUGAUCGUCACCGGUGACCAAGCUGAAAAUGUGGGGGGAUCAGAGAAGAGGCGGAGAGGAAGACCCUCGCAGAGCAAGACUGGGACUGUGCUAAAGAAAGAAAAAAAAGAAGACACCGGGGUCCUAAUAAAAAGGGGCCGCGGGCGGCCUCAUGGAAGCACCAAGAAGUUUGUGGAUGGCGAACCAUCUGCUUCCUUCCAGGCAGAGAAGAAAGGAAGAGGGAGACCCAGAAAAACGCAGCUCCUUCUCCUCGAUCAGAACUCGCACGUGCCGCAACUGCAAGUACUGACCAUGAAAGUGAGGAAAACGAACAAGGACGCUCAUCUGAGGGUCCACAAGAGGGAAGAAACAAAGGAGAGAAAACGAGGGCGACCCAAGAAAUGCCAGACUGCCAUAGUAGAGAAUGGUGAGCAGAUGCCUCACGUAUGUCAUGGUUUUAGUGUGGAGAAAGCUAUGGACGAGGACUAUCUGCCCCAGACAGAUGCACAGACCUACCAAGACUCAGAAUGGGAGAAAAAUCAUAUACGUACAAGAGAUGUAGUUGUCUCACAUGACACCAGCUCAGAGGCAUACUUCGUUCUCGAAGACUCUUCAUCUGCACAUCCUCCAAGGACAAAGCAUCCUCACUUCCAGCAAGCUGUCCUCACAGAGUUGUCAGAGUUCAGAUCUCAAGUGACCGAGGAGCUGGCGACUACAAGGUUGAACGUGGUAGAAGGGGCUGAGUUGGUUAGAUCGGCCAUUGCUGGAGUAUCUGCUCAGAUCCAUCAGCUUGGCUUAAUCCUUCAGUCCUUAGUCAACGUUUUCAGCGCUGCCGAUUUAUUUUCACAGCAGUCAUCUUGUGCCCAUGUGACUUCUUUGCUCAGUCCUCGGCAGGACUUUCCACCUGAAGUUGCUACAGAUACCCCUCAGCCUCUUGCAGAUACCUCUGCCAAUAUCAAUGGAGAAAUCUUAUCUUUCCGUAUCCCCUCUCAUGACACACAGGUAGAGUCUUCUUCAAAUACGACCUUAGAUCCAUGUCUACUCAAAAAAGAAGACCUUUGAAGGUGACCGGCCUUGUACACUUCAGGCUGGAUCCAUCGUUCAUUUACCUGGGCCCUAACUGGCUGCACAGUCCUUGUUCCUCAUCUUGUCUGCAAGAACUUUCCAAAAGAGAACUUCUUUAGGGCUUUCUGAUGAAUGUGCAGAUGUUCCUAACACUAACACUUCCUACCAGCUCUGUGGACCAUCAUGAAGUGAUCUUCGAUGUUGCACAUACAAUUUUUCUGCCCCCAUCAUAUAGCAGCAACCAUCAGCUCAUCAGGAUCUCCCCAGGAACUUUCUUCUCCAGCCACCUCUCACAAUGUCAUGGACAAGUCUUACCCCGAUUCCUUCAGUGGUUCUCCUGACAGGUAUUUAGCUGCCUCAACAUCUGCUCUCCACUGUAAUCAAAACUGAUCCACCAUUGUGUCUGUUCAUGAGAAUUUACAUCAACUAAAGCAUACAAACCCCUAUGUAGAACCUUUGCCCGACUAAAGCCAUGGACACUGUGCGAUGAUGGGUCAAAGGGUUGUUUGUAGGAACAUUGGUUCCUGAUCAUCGCCCCAUGUGAACCUGUCCUAUGAUUGUUGUUGUCGAUCAUCUGACUUGUAUGGGAACGAACGGUCACUUAAAUAGAAGUAAAUUGUGCCGAUUGACUUUCUAGAUUAGAUAGUAGAUUAGAUUAUCUGCCGUUUUAGAUGGGCCCUACUCUUAAAAAGGUCUUCUGGCCAUUCCCUGAAAAUUUCUUGGCUCUCAUUAGCAGAAUGUAUGCCUUGUGGCUUCUGUGCCAGUAUUAAAGGGGCUUUCCGGAAGUUAAAGGUGUAUUCCCAUCUGGGACAUUUAUGACAUAUUGAUGGGAUAUGCUAUAAAUGUCUGGUAGGUGUGCGUCCCACCUCUGGGAUCUGCUCACGUCUCAAAGUGGGGCAUCUCCGUGAAUGGAGAUCACGCUGCACACGAGCUUCUUUCUCCAUUCCCCUUUGUCGGACUUCUGAAAAUAGCUGAGGGAGCAGUGACUCGAGAGGACACCAUGCUCUCCAUUCAUGGCAGGCCCCGUUCCUGAGAUAGAAGCGUGUCCCAGAGGUGGUCUUAUCGAUGUGCCACGUAGAUGGGACAACCCCUUCAAAUGUUGAUGACCUAUUGUACCAGAUCGGUCGGAGGUUGACUCCCUGCACCCCUACCAAUUAAAUGUGUGACUAGGCUGCUUGCUGUGCAGCCUUUUCAUAUUCUGCCAGGCACAGCGCCGCACCUUGUGUAGUGGCUGUGCUUGGUAUUGCAGUUCAGACCCAUGA